AUGAGAGUUUUCUACAAGAGUCUGUUGUUUUUACUGGGAUUUUUCUCAGUUCAGAAGAAAGCAGAAAGAGAAGUGAACAUAGCAACAUGGGGAACGGCUAAUCAGUCGACAUUAUAUUACACCUGGUAUGCACAAAACGCUCUGGAUGGGUUGAGCUCCACCUGUACUCAUACAGACUUACAGAGUGACCCGUGGUGGAAGCUGGACCUGCUGAAGACGUACAGCGUGAACAGAGUGACCAUCACUAACAGAUGUUCUGACUGCUGUGCAAACAGGAUAAAUGGGGCAGAGAUUCGGAUUGGAAACAAUUCUUCAGAUCUUUACAGCAACCCAGUAUGUGCUGUAGUUUCUACUAUUCCAGCAGGAGCUACUUACAACUACUCGUGUCGUGGGAUGGAGGGACGUUACAUUAUUGUGAAUAUUCCUUUAACUUCAGAGUAUCUUACUCUCUGUGAAGUGGGAGUCUGUGUGAUUUUUCCGGGUAAUUUGGCAACAGGAAAACUCGUCACACAGUCGUCAACCUAUGGCCUCUGGUCUGCUGAACAGGCCACCAAUCCUGGUUUCAGAAAGUCGUGGUCAUCGUGUUCCUCAACCAAUAUUCAGACUAACCCAUGGUGGAGAGUGGAUCUGAGUUCUGUGUACAGAGUUAAUAGAGUCGUCAUCACAAACAGACUAGACUGCUGUCCAGAACGAAUAAACGGAGCGGAGAUUCGCAUCGGAAACUCUUUGGAGAACAACGGCAACAACACUCCCAUAUGCGCUGUGAUUUCUAGCAUUCCAGCUGGUGUUUCCUCUAUGAAGAAGGUGUGA